AUGAAAAAUAUGAUUAUGCAAACCUAUCUUACCGAGAUAAAGAAGAUCGUGGACAACAUUGCCUCUGCCGGCUCCACAAUUGACACUGAGGAUAUCAUCCUCCAUAUUCUGAAUGGGCUUCCACCUGCAUAUCAAUCGUUUAAAACGGCUAUCCGGACACUACAGACCCCUCUCAAGCUUGAUAACCUGUAUGCAAUGUUAAUCAGCGAGGAAAUUCACAUUCAAACGGACACACUGCGUUCAGCAACUCAGCAAGAACCCACAACUGCGUUAUAUGCAAACCGAGGUCGCGGUCGUAGGGGCAGGGGCCGUAAUCAAUAUUUCUCUGGUACAGCACCAAAACAAGGAUCAAAAUCCACAACUCAAUGCCAGAUAUGCCUCAAAAGAGGUCACACUGCGGAUGCGUACUGGCAUCAUCAUGAUCCAAUUUUACACUAA